CAAAAGCAGAAAUAAACAAUAAAUUGCAUUGCACCCCUCCAAACCAACCUCCAUCUUGAUAUCUCCUUCUCUCUUUCCCUCUGUGUUACUGAAAUGGAGACAACUUCGCCGGAGCUCGACCUCGACAAGCUGGCCGCGAUCAGGGUACUGGGCAGAGGAGCCAUGGGCACUGUCUUCUUGGUUUACGACAGGGAAGCAGACCCGUCUGAUCGCCGCCCGUUCGCGCUCAAAGUAGUCGAGAAAUCCACCCUCUGCACCAAAUUCGACGCUGACCGACGCGCCCGCUGGGAGGUCUCCUUUCUUUCCCGCCUCAACCACCCUUUCCUUCCGACCCUUCUCGGCAGACUCGAAACCGACGAGUUCUUAGCUUGGGCAGUGCCGUAUUGUUCCGGCGGCGACCUCAACGUCCUCCGCUACCGUCAGACCGACCGCGUGUUCUCACCCUCUGUCAUACGCUUCUACGUUGCCGAAAUUGUGUGUGCUGUCGAGCAGCUACACCGUAUGAAUGUCAUGUACCGCGACCUCAAGCCCGAGAAUGUCUUGAUACAGCAAUCGGGCCACGUCACCCUCACCGACUUCGACCUCUCCCGGACUCUAACACCCAGAAGGUCGAAACUCACCGACAUUUUGAACUCCGUGGAGGUGGAAACACCCAAGGGUGGACAGAAGCAUCGCCGGAAUUUGACUCGUCUCAUUUCCGUUAUGUCGGAGUUGGGCUUAAAGAAAGCGAAGUCCGCCCGUGUUUCCCCAGUGAGUCGCCGGAGGCCGAGCUUCGUCUCCAGAGGAGAACGGUCCAACUCGUUCGUGGGUACGGAGGAGUACGUGUCGCCUGAGGUCGUACGAGGUGACGGGCAUGAGUUCGCCGUCGACUGGUGGGCUCUCGGGAUUCUAACGUACGAGAUGGUCUACGGGAAGACACCAUUUCGGGGGAAGAACCGAAAAGAAACGUUUCAUAACGUGCUGACAAAACCGCCUGAAUUCGUUGGCGAACGGACGUCUCUAACGGACCUGAUCGGACGGUUGCUAGAGAAAGACCCCACUCGACGCUUGGGGUACAACAGGGGCGCGAUAGAGAUUAAAGAGCACGCGUUCUUUCGGGGGCUAAGGUGGGACCUGCUAACGAAGGUAUCACGGCCGCCGUUCCUGGCGUUAAAGGAGGAGGAGGAGGAGGAGGAGCCGGGGACGGCGGUGGUUUGGAAAGGAAUUGACAUUAGGGAGCACUUCCAGAGUCUAAGGGCGCCACCGUCGCCGGCAUCGGAGUGUCGGAGAGAAGUGUCGUUAGCAGAGUUCUAAAUAUGAUAUGCUCUAAGUUCUAACUCGCCCAAGUAAAACUUUUUUGCUUUCUGCUCCGUUUUUUGUACAUAGAAAUUGCCUGAGGAAGAAAGAUUACGAAUGGUCAAUGUUUCCAUUAGAGA